CGCGAACGCGGCUCGCUCGUCUGUCUCUGUGUGUGUCGUAUCGAUGUGAUUGUAUGCUACACAGUAAUAAUAAUAAUAAUAAUCGUCAAUCGUCGUGUCUCGUGGGGCUCUCGUGCGUCGCUGUCGACUCGCUGCUCUCCGUUGCUGCACCGAUCAUUACUAUACGAAUUCGCUCGAUUCAAUUAUAAUAACAACUGAUUCUCGUCGCACGUAUAAUCGACCGCUGCUGCUGCUGCUGCGCGUCGCGGUCUCCGUCGCGUCGUAUUUAAUACACCUGUACUGUAUAUCAGCCGCGUCAUCCUCUCGAGUCGAGCUGCACAACGACACACAUCGUUAUAUUACAAAAUCGUCCUUACGACGACCCGCGACACCCGUUUGACACGAUACAGACUCGAUAGAUAUAUUUUUCGUCUCUUUACAUAUAUAUGCGUGCAGUGUCACCAGUGUGCAAGUGCAGCCAGUUCACGAUCGUGUCCGCAGCUCGCACAGUUCUGUCUCUCUCUGUUCUGUUCUUUCAUGAUCUGAGUGUCUGUGUGUGUGUGUAUGUGCAUGAGCGUGUGAUUGUGCACCAACGCUGCCGCCGCCGCCGUCGCCGCUGCUGCUGCUGCUCUACCCCGACCUGCUGCAGCAGAGCAUGGGAGUAGUGAGUGCCCGUGUCCAGACCACUGCUGCUGCUGCUGCUGCUGCUGCUGCUAUUCGCAUUCCUCUUGCAACUGUAAAUUGCGCUUUUUUUUCUUCCUCGUCUCUCGUCAUUCAUCCUAUAAUGGCGCUGUGAUACUCGGCGACGACGAGCGACUUUCGACUUUAGUGCUGGCUACUGCUGCUGCUGCUGCUGCUGCUGCUGCUGUCACGUAGUAUAUGUGAAACUUGGUUUUGUAGCUCGAGCGCUGACGCACACAUCUAAAUUCUCGCGAUCGUAUCUGUAUUCUUUGCGCGCGCGACAACAACGUAAUUCGACGAGCUGAUUCGGCAUCGCGACAACAAAGGUGCUUGAUUCGACCCAAAAAAAUCAGCGAGCGGCAAGCGUGAACCCGUUGAAAAGCGAAAGUGAGAGAAAAAGAGAGGGACUUUGGGUCAACAUUCGCGCGCUUCGUCGUCGUCGUCGUCGUCGUGCUACCUACAUACACACACCUAUAUACAGCUGAUGUCACGAGCUGCGAGAUGCUCAUGACGUACACACACGUCACUGAGGAAGACGUUACAAUUUCAUGUACCUGACUAAAACAGACAACAAAAACACACACGCACGAUUUUGCUACUGCACAGGUUGAUGGUCGAUUCUCCCACGGUCCUCUGACUAUGGACAAGCUUGACAAUGUUCUUGAUGAGUUCGAAUUCAAUGAUGAUCAAACAGGUAGAAUGCAGUCGCAGACUAAUUCUGCAAAUCCUGCAGGAAUCCAGUCAAAUAUGCCAAGUAGUACCUUGAGAGGUUAUCCUCAGCAAACAAUACCAAAUUUACACAAUGCCAACGCAGAAGCCUCUGCUAUUGUAGCUGGUCCUAGUUUAACCAAUGACGAGGUCCAUCAAGGAUUUUUGGCUGGUAACAUAGAUAGCUUGAUUAAGGAUGGCGUAGCGGAUAGUUUAGAUUCCAUAAAUCAUUUUUAUACACACGAUGGUUCGAGUGGCAACAAGGUUCACCCUAAACCUUGGGUACACGUAGAAGAAAACGAUCCAACAAAUUUGAUAAUUCACAACGACAUAUCUGAAAAACUAUUACAAAAGCGGCCAAAUGAUGAUAAUUUGCAACACAAUACCUACGAUGUAAAACUAAACCAGCCUAAUGUAAAUCCUGGUAAUAGUAAUAAUUUUCAUAAUUAUGAUUAUUUGAGUACCCCUAAUAUAAGUAGUUUCGAUGGUCUAGAUGCUAUGAAUCAGUCUCCAGGAAUGCAAUCUAAUUAUCUAAUGAGACCAAAUGAAGGAUUAAGUAACACAGUUGAUUCUCAUGUAAGCAAUUUUGUACAAAAUAGUAAUACUACUCAAAAGUUUUCUGUAGAUGAUCUGUUAACGGUAAAGGAUGAAGAUAUAUUAGCAGAAAUAAGAUAUAAUACUGAACCUCCAAAGUAUCAAAAUAUUUUGCUACCUGUUAAAGUAGGUCCUAGUGUAAUAGAAAAAGUGAACGAAACUAAAACAGAUGCAGAACAAAAAAAAUUAGAAUUUCCAGAAUUGAUAAUGGGGGAAAAUAGUACAGAAAAUGUUGAUAAUAGUGUUAGAAAUAUUUUGGAUGAACCGGAACAUGUAUAUGAAAAUGUCUACAUAGGAACAGAUAUUCCAAAGACUCAAGAAAAUACCACUUUAUUAGUGCCGCAGAAGAAAGAUACUGAAAGUCAACAUAUUUAUGAAAAUAUGAACAUUGAAGCUCAGUCAUUGCCACCAUUGGAAAAAAAGAAUGUGUAUGAAUGCAUUUACAUUGGUAGUGAAGACAAUCUUUCCAACACUAAUUCAGAAGUUGAGACAUCAGCAGAGAAAAUGAUUCACCAAUUAAAUUUAAAAGAAACUGAACCUAGUGACCCAAAUGUUAUCGUAGAUUCAAUUACAAGUUCUAGUGCAGUUUUUAGUGAAAAUCCAAGUACAAGUACAAAACUAGUUUUUCAAAAUGUUCAGUCAAGUUCUACCUCAGUUUCAGUUCCAGAGCCAAGAUCAGUUGUUGGUUUUACAACAAUUGAUGAUAUGUCUGAAGAAGAACUGAAUAAAUAUUUAGCUGACCUUGAAGCAAAAGAAAUACUAAAUGAGAAAUCUGUUAUGUACCAAAACGUAGACUCAACUAGAAGUGCAGAAACUAACAAACCAAAGGCUUUGACUAGGCCCCAUGAAGAUGAAGAUGCCAACGAGGCUCCAAUCUUUGAGUCCGUAACAAUAGGUGAACUACCACAAAUUCCUCAAGAAGAUCUUCAAGAAAAAGCAAAAAAGUUUCCUGUAAUUGAUUAUAGUGAAGGCUGCUCCAGUGGUGAGGUAUCGAGGGAGUUUCCUUCCAACCUGCCAACCAUAAGUAAAGCAGGUGUACAAGCUAUCAAUGAUGCUGAUGUAUUAAAACAGAGUAAAAAAGUAGAUGAACACGCUAGAAAAAAUUCGCAAAACAACGAAUCAUCUCUACUAGAAAAUGACGUAAGCGUAGAUAAUAAAGAUCCAUUAAUAAAAGAUAAGAUUACAACAGAUGAAGAGAAUAGCAAUAUGAUAUCGCCCGCAAAAUCAGACGAAACCCAAAAUGAGCUAGGUCACUCGAACGUUAAUUCCGAAGAGGAUAACAAUUUUAAUUGCGCCGGAACGACUCAUUCAGGGCUCGACAACUCCGAUCCAAGUGACAAAGAAAAAAGUAAACAGAAUAUCAAUAACGCCAUGGACCUGCCGAAACCGGCAGUAAGACCAAAAGUACGAAGCUUCGAGAAGAUCUCGAGGUUUUCUGUCACGCGAAACGUUGACGUUAAUGAAAAAAUUGGUAGACCAAGUCAAUCGCAAAAUAGAUCGAAAAGAUCAACCGAAAAUUCUGCAGAAAGUACCGAAGAUGAUCCAAACAAACCGAGCAGACCUCAAACACUCGACAUUGCCAGUAAUGCGGAUACAUCGGCAACAGCAGCAGCUUCAAAUAGUCAAAUACCAUCGGAUUUGGAAGGUGAAUGUAGCCUUGGUGGCCGAAUUCCAUCACCUGCGAUUUCCGAUAGCAAUUCGUCAAUAGAUUCUAGAACUAUUCUUGGAAAACAACCUCCAUUCUGGAUCCCCGAUAGUGAGGCACCAAGUUGCAUGCUAUGUGAAGCUAAAUUUACAGUCAUGAAGAGGCGACAUCACUGCAGAGCUUGUGGAAAAGUUUUGUGCAAUAAAUGUUGCAGCAUGAAGUAUCGCUUGGAAUAUCUAAAUAACGCAGACUCUCGAGUGUGUACUCAGUGUCACCAAAUUUUGACCAAAGCUGAAAGCGACAACGGAUCCGGAGAACAUGCAGGUUUUAGUUCGAACAGCAACAUCGGUAUCAAUUCCCCGAUCGGGAGACCACCUAAUCCGAAUAAUCCAAUGGAGUACUGUUCAACCAUACCACCUUUACAACAGCUGGCCGGAGCUCUACCUCCGCCCCCUACGGUUAUGGUACCAGUCGGAGUUCUCAAACGAGAGGGUAGCUCGAGCAAAAGGGAGGGUCCAAAAUCGGUCAUGUUCAGCGAUGGAAUAAGGCCUGGGUGUGACCUGACAGAACUCGACACCGCUUGGGAUUGGAAUCCACCGAUCCGAAAGUCCGGUUCCAGAAGAACAGUAGGCGAAUUUUCCGCUUCGGCAUCGAAAAGGCCCAACUGUCCUCCACUGGAUACAAUUACGAAUAGCUACAUACCUUCUGAAGCCAAUGUUUAUCCACCCACCGUAACGAUACUCAGAGGACAGGUGACUUAUCACGAAACGACAGACCCCGAUGCUCUUCAGAAUUCUCUCAAAAAUGAAUGCGAAGCUCCAGUUAUGUUUGCAAUAAAUCGAAAUCUAUAUGCUUAUGUAAAAAUAAUUAAUCUAAAUUGUUGCGUUGAUAAAGUGUGUUGGAAUGUUACUACAAAAGGAUUAGCUUGUGUUGGUCAAGAUGAAUUAGUUUUCCUCGUCGAAGUCUUACCAGAUGAAGCCCUAGUACCAAAAGAUAUUCUGCUGCAUAUUAACCAGAUUUAUAAUGACGCGUUGAAAGGUAACACCAUAUCUGAAUAUGGUAUGUCAAUACAUCAAACUGGAAAUUUGCUGGGAUCUCGAGAACAUGCUGGAUUUCUCUUUAUUAGACAAACAUUGCAAUGCUUGCAAAAAAUAAUCGUUCCCCCCGCGCCGUUCUUAGUUGGUUUACUCGUACACAGAUGGGAAACUCCUUGGGCCAAAGUAUUUCCUCUUAGGCUUGUUUUACGACUAGGAGCGGAGUAUCGUUACUAUCCAUGCCCGUUGAUGUCAGUUCGUUUUAGAGAGGCUGUGUACUUUGAAAUAGGCCACACUAUCAUGAAAGUUCUAGCCGAUUUCCGAAACUUCGCCUACACUUUGCCUAAGGUGCAGGGAUUGACCAUCCACGUGCAAGGUCGAACUACCAACGUUAGAUUUCCGAAAAACCGCUACAAUCAAGUGCUCAAAGCUUUAAACAAUUCGAAUGAUCACGUCCUGUCGUUCGCUGCGAAUUUCAGCAUCCAAGCUGAUUCUCAUUUGGUAUGCAUGCAAACAAACUCCGAGGAAGAAAGUACCUAUCAAACACAAGCAAUCAACAUUCAAAAUAAACCAAGAAAUGUAACCGGAGCGAGUUUUAUCGUCAUUAACGGAGCUCUGAAAUCAUCGAUGGGUUUAACGGCAAACUCAAGUAUUCUAGAAGAUGGCUUGAUGGUUCAAAUCAUGCCAGAAAAAAUGGAAGCUUUGAAAGCUGCACUAAAAAAUAUGCAAGAUUUCACAAUUGGGUGCGGUAAACAAGGGGCUGAAGAACCGGAUGAAACUGUUAAUAUCAAAUGGGUCGAAAAUGAUGUACAAUUUAACGUCGGUAUCAAAAGUCCAAUCGAUGGAAAACCCAUGGAUGGGAUUCCAUCUAUCAGAGUGCACAAUGGAAUUAAUUUUGCGGGAACAAGUCGGUUCAUACGAUGGACUGAAGUAUUUAUCAUAAAGUCGGAUGACGAUCAACCUUUUGGUAUGCAUUAUCCUGUGGAUAUAAAUAAAUUGUCGGAGAACAUAGCUCGAGCUACCUGUGCAGCGCUUGUGAAACUACUGGAUUUGUUAGCUAAUGCUGGACUUACAAAAAUUGCUGUUCGAACUAGUAUACAUCCCGAUAACGUGGGCUAUGAGGCUGGAAGUGAGGGAGUGCGUUUACCACCGAUUUAUAUGAAUAGCUUAGACAAUGAACUCAUUCAAGUCUUACAAAAAGCUGUACAAGGCUGUGAGGAUACACAAACUGUACUAGAACUAAUAUUUUAUAUAUUAGAGACUGAUAUUUAGUAUGUUUUUUGGCAGAUUUUUCAAAUGAGCUAUAUAAGUUAUAAUACUUAUGUUUAUAAAUAGUCUCACGCGUCUAUGAAAUAAAUUUGAAUUUUCAACUGCGUGUGAUAUUGCAAAAAAAUAUUUAGUUUAUGUUAUAAUUCGAUGGUAUAAUAUUUUUUGAGUUUUAUUUGAAAAAAAUUAUAAUGUUGAGUACAGCAUGAGGCAGAUUCUAAAGCUAAAAUAUGUUGGUUAGGGGAUGUGCAAUGUUCUUUACAUAUUUUCAUACAAAUUCAUAUGUAUACAUUCAAAAUAUUUAUGCCAAGAUUCAUAAUUUAAUUACGAACGUUAAAUUUUGAAUGUUGUUACUUAUAAAAAAUGUAUAUAAUGUAAUUUAUGAUAUGCUUAGCUAUUAGCACACGAGAAUAACUUACAACAAAAAUACUUUAAUAAUUUUUUAUUUUUGAACACUUUAUUACUGACCAGUGCUAUUUAGCUUGCAAUUGUGUACUUUUAAAACACAGCUGAGUCUCAAAAAGAGCUUGUGUGUUAUGGAACAAAUUUUUCAUAUACUAGUAAUAAUUUGACGAUCAUGAAACGUUUCAUAGUAAGCACGAUUGUUAUAAAUAAUAAUGUACAAAAACUAAUAUCUCUUUUUUUCUGCAAAAAGCUUCAAUUUGCCAAAGAUCUGCAGAAACUAUUUUAUAACUCAUAAUUAUUCUGACUAAUCAAGAUUACUUACAUUUAACAACAGAAUAUGUUCUUAAAUUCAAACAAGUGCACCAGUUGCAUUACACUUUUUGUAAACUUUUAAUAUUAAAAUAAUAAUAUUCAAAGAUUAUUUUUGUUCAGUUAUAAAAUAUUAAAAACAAUGUUCUUGGAUCUGACGUGUCGCUGAGCAAGUUUAGAACAAUUAUUUUUGUAAACCUGUCGUGGUUUCGUAUUUUCAAUACUGUAUUGUACUGACAAAUGUGUGCAAGAAAUUUCUCGACUCAUUCUGUGAUUUGAGGAUACUUUUGUAUAAUUAAAUUUUAAGAAUUUUACAUGCACGCAUUCGUUACAUCGAUGUUAAUUUUUUUCUUAUAAUUACAAUGUUAAUAGUAAACAUGUUGAAUGAAAAUCUUUUGAAUAAUGUUACUUAAGAGAGACAGUAGGAGAGGAAAAAAUGUUUUAAAUAUCUAACUACGUCAUUUUUGAAAAGUGAUUUUUCACGAAAUUUAGAGACCAAUUGUUUAGUGCUUGCAUAUAUAAAUAUAUGCAUCGAAGUGCAGUGUAUAUUUAUAUAAGUUGAGUACUGAUUUUUGCGUUGUACACACUUUAGUUCAAUAAUACACAUUUUAACGAUGAA